AUGGCAGAUUCGUCGCUCCAGAGCUUGAGAGACAACUCUCUGGUGCUCGGGUCGAACAACAAGAUCCUCGUUGCAAACAGAGGAGAGAUUCCAAUCAGAAUCUUCCGUUCUGCCCAUGAAUUGUCGAUGCAGACUGUUGCUAUUUACUCGCAUGAGGACAGGCUUUCCAUGCACAGGUUGAAGGCUGACGAGGCAUAUGUCAUCGGCAAGCGCGGACAGUUUUCGCCAGUUCAGGCCUAUUUGCAAAUCGACGAGAUCAUCAGUAUUGCCAAGGAGCAUGGCGUUAAUAUGAUUCACCCUGGUUACGGCUUUUUGUCCGAAAACUCUGAAUUUGCCCGCAAGGUUGAGGAGGCUGGAAUGAUCUGGAUCGGACCUUCACACACGGUGAUUGAUGCCGUCGGAGACAAGGUCUCUGCAAGAAACCUUGCCAUUGCCAACAACGUUCCUGUUGUUCCCGGAACUCCAGGUCCAAUUGAAACCACUGCUGAGGCCGAGGCUUUCGUGGCAGAGUACGGUUACCCUGUGAUCAUCAAGGCUGCGUUUGGUGGUGGAGGACGUGGUAUGCGUGUUGUUAGAGAGGGUGACGACAUUGCCGAUGCAUUCAACAGAGCCACAUCCGAGGCAAAGACUUCUUUUGGAAAUGGAACUUGUUUCAUUGAGCGUUUCUUGGACAGGCCUAAGCACAUUGAAGUUCAACUUUUGGCCGAUGGUUACGGAAACUGUGUCCAUUUGUUUGAGCGUGACUGUUCGGUUCAAAGAAGACACCAAAAGGUCGUUGAGAUUGCGCCCGCCAAGACGCUUCCUCAGUCUGUUAGAGAUGCCAUUCUUACCGAUGCUGUGAAACUGGCAUCUUCUGCCAACUACAAGAACGCUGGUACUGCUGAGUUUUUGGUUGAUAACCAAAACAGACACUACUUCAUUGAGAUCAACCCCCGUAUUCAGGUUGAACACACAAUCACUGAGGAAAUCACCGGUGUGGACAUUGUAGCUGCUCAGAUCCAGAUUGCUGCUGGUGCCAGUCUGGAGCAACUUGGUUUGCUUCAGGACAAGAUCACUACUCGUGGGUUUGCCAUCCAGUGCCGUAUUACCACCGAGGAUCCUUCUAAGAACUUUCAACCAGAUACUGGAAAGAUCGAAGUUUACAGAUCAUCUGGUGGAAAUGGUGUCAGACUUGAUGGUGGAAACGGUUUCGCGGGAGCGAUCAUCUCUCCACACUACGACUCCAUGCUUGUCAAGUGUUCUACCUCGGGUUCUACUUAUGAGAUUACCCGUCGCAAGAUGAUUCGUGCCUUGGUUGAAUUCAGAAUCAGAGGUGUCAAGACAAACAUCCCCUUUUUGCUGGCUUUGCUGACCCAUCCAACUUUCAUGGCAGGUGACUGUUGGACCACCUUUAUUGACGACACACCUUCCUUGUUUGAGAUGGUCACUUCCCAGAACAGAGCCCAGAAGUUGCUUGCCUAUCUUGCUGAUCUCUGUGUCAACGGUUCUUCCAUCAAAGGCCAGGUCGGUGUGCCCAAAAUCACAAAAGAGGCUGACAUCCCUGUCAUCCACGACAUCAACGGGUGGGAGUGCGACUACUCAGAGCCACCAACCGAAGGAUGGAGGUCUUACCUUUUGGAGGAAGGCCCUGAAGCAUUUGCCAGACAAAUUCGUGCUUUUGACGGAACUCUCAUCAUGGACACUACGUGGAGAGACGCCCACCAGUCUCUGCUGGCCACCAGAGUUAGAACGAUUGAUCUCGCUAACAUUGCCCCAGCCACUGCUCACGCACUGAAGUAUGCCUUUGCCCUUGAGUGCUGGGGUGGUGCGACUUUUGAUGUUUCCAUGAGGUUCUUGCACGAGGACCCAUGGGAUAGACUCCGCAAGCUUCGUAAGCUCGUCCCCAACAUCCCAUUCCAAAUGUUGUUGAGAGGAGCAAACGGUGUUGCUUACUCUUCUUUGCCAGACAACGCAAUUGACCACUUUGUCAAACAGGCGAAAGAUGCUGGUGUCGAUAUUUUCCGUGUGUUCGAUGCUCUCAAUGAUCUUGAGCAGCUCCGCGUUGGUGUCGAGGCUGUUAGAAAGGCUGGUGGUGUCAUUGAAGCCACUGUGUGUUACUCCGGUGACAUGCUCAAGCGGGGAAAGAAGUACAACCUGGCGUACUAUCUCGAGAUGGUUGACAAGAUCGUCGAAAUGGGUACCCACUUUCUUGGAAUCAAGGAUAUGGCUGGUACUUUGAAGCCUUCUGCAGCCACGCUUUUGAUUUCUUCCAUCCGCAAGAAGUACCCUUCGUUGCCAAUCCAUGUGCACACCCAUGACUCUGCCGGAACUGGUGUUUCGUCUAUGGUUGCAUGUGCUAAGGCCGGUGCCGAUGUUGUGGACUGUGCUCUCAACUCCUUGUCCGGAUUGACGUCGCAACCUUCGAUGAGUGCGUUCAUCGCCGCUGUUGAUGGGGAAAUCGAUGUGGCAAUCCAUGAGCGCAAUGCCCGCGAAUUGGACUCGUACUGGGCUGAAAUGAGACUGUUGUACUCGUGUUUCGAGGCAGAUCUCAAGGGUCCAGACCCAGAGGUUUACCAACACGAAAUCCCUGGUGGUCAGCUUACCAACUUGAUCUUCCAGGCGCAACAGGUUGGUCUCGGAGAGAAGUGGCUUGAGACCAAGCGCGCAUACGAGGAGGCCAACAUGUUGUGUGGUGACAUCGUCAAGGUGACCCCAACCUCGAAGGUUGUUGGAGAUCUUGCCCAGUUCAUGGUUUCCAACAAGCUAACCAGCGAGGAUGUUAACAGGCUCGCUUCUGAACUUGACUUCCCAGACUCGGUGUUGGACUUCUUUGAAGGUUUGAUGGGUACUCCGUACGGAGGAUUCCCAGAGCCUUUGAGAACCAACAUCAUCAGUGGAAAGAGAAGAAAGCUCACGAAAAGACCUGGUCUUGAGCUCAAGCCUUUCGACCUUCCUGCUAUCCGUGAGGAGCUUUCUUCGCGUUUCAACAAGAUCACUGAAUGCGAUGUGGCUUCCUACAAUAUGUAUCCUAAGGUGUACGAGGCUUUCCGCAAGAUCAAGGAAAAGUACGGUGACCUGUCGGUUCUGCCUACCCGUUUCUUCCUUGCCGCUCCAAAGCUGAACGAGGAGAUUGCCGUGGAGAUUGAGAAGGGUAAGACCCUUAUCAUCAAGGUGAUGGCCGUUGGUGAUCUGUCUCUCAGCACCGGUACCCGUGAAGUUUACUUCGAGCUUAACGGUGAGAUGCGUAAGGUGACUGUUGAGGACAAGACGGCUGCUAUUGAGACUAUCACCAGACCAAAAGCAGACGCACACAACCCCAACGAGGUUGGAGCCCCAAUGGCCGGUGUCGUCAUCGAAGUCAGGGUCCACCCAGGUACCGAGGUCAAGAAGGGAGACCCAGUGUGUGUUCUUUCCGCCAUGAAGAUGGAGAUGGUGAUUUCUGCCUCUGUUGCCGGUAAGGUGGGCGAAGUGCCUGUUAAGGAAAAUGACAGUGUUGAUGCCGGUGAUUUGAUCUGUAAGAUCGUGAAAUAG